AUGGCUUGUCUUGGAGUCCAGAGGUACAAAACUCACCUGCAGCUGCCUUCUAGGACUUGGCCUUUUGGAGCCCUGCUUUCUCUUCUCUUCAUCCCAAUCUUCUCUGAAGCCAUACAGGUGACCCAACCUUCAGUGGUGUUGGCCAGCAGCCAUGGUGUCGCCAGCUUUCCAUGUGAAUAUGCAUCUUCACACAACACUGAUGAGGUCCGGGUGACGGUACUACGGCAGACAAAUGACCAAGUGACGGAGGUCUGUGCCACGACAUUCACAGUGAAGAACACGUUGGGCUUCCUAGAUGACCCCUUCUGCAGUGGUACCUUUAAUGAAAGCAGAGUAAACCUCACCAUUCAAGGACUAAGGGCUGCUGACACCGGACUGUACUUCUGCAAGGUGGAACUCAUGUACCCACCGCCAUACUUUGUGGGCAUGGGCAACGGGACCCAGAUUUAUGUCAUCGAUCCAGAACCAUGCCCAGAUUCAGACUUCCUCCUUUGGAUCCUUGCUGCAGUUAGUUCGGGGUUGUUUUUCUACAGUUUCCUGGUCACUGCUGUUUCUUUGAACAGGACGCUAAAGAAAAGAAGUCCUCUUACAACAGGGGUCUAUGUGAAAAUGCCCCCAACAGAGCCAGAAUGUGAAAAGCAAUUUCAACCUUAUUUUAUUCCAAUCAACUGAAAGGCCAUUUGUGAAGAAGAGGGAGCAUUCUUCAGUCUCUAAAAGCUGAGGCAAUUUCAACUUUCUUUUGCUCUCCAGCUGUUUUUACCUGUUUGUACAUUUUAAGGAGAGCACGUCUCUCUUUAAUAGAAAGCUGGGUGCAAAAUUCCAAUUAAGCAUACUACGAUUUAAAGCUAUGGACCAUGGACAGAGAGCCGGCAUAUUUCUGUUAUGCCAGAGCCAUUUUUAAAAGCAUCACUUGGAAGCAUAAGGAUAUAGCAUUAUGAUGUGGGGGUCAAGGGAACAUUAGGGAAUGGCACAGCCCGAAGAAAGAAAAGGGCGAAGGAGGAGGUUAUAUUGUACACAUCUUGUAUUUACCUGUGAGGUGUUUAGGACUUAAAUAAUUUUAAAAUUUUUUCAUGCUGUUAUUUUCUUUAACGAAUGUAUAAUUACAUGAAGGUUUAAAAUUUUUAUUCACAUAGCUAUGUGGCAUAACCAGAGGUUCUAACGGUUGUAUUGUCCCAAGAUGUAUUUUUAAGUGAUAUUG